AUGGGUGCAGUGCAUAUCCCAGAUGAUAUUGCCUUCUCUGUUCUGUGUAAACUGCCUCUGAAAUCUAUCAAGCGAUUCAGUUGCGUACACAAGUCAUGGUCACUUUUAUUUGAAAACCCUUAUUUUAUGACCAAUUUUCGCCAUAGUUUCAUAUCUGAUUGGCAUUCUUAUCACCAUGAUUCAUGUCUCCUCCUUAAGCAGACGGAGCCUAAAGAGCCCAUUGAUUUCAAUUGCGUGUUCUAUGAUGAGAACAUGGUCAAACUGGAUUGUCCUCUUUUUUAUGAUAAUUUUCAUAAUGUUGAAUGGUAUUUUUUGGGUUCCGCUGUUAAUGGCAUUCUUUGUCUCUCUCAACAUGAUCAAACUGUACUGUGGAACCCAAAGACUCAUGAAUUCGAAGUCCUUCCUCCAAGCCUAACCGGAAUCAAGCGUCUUCAUGGGUUUGGCUAUGACAAAGUUAGCGAUGAUUAUAAGAUCAUAUGUACAGUUGCCGCUCUACCCAAGGCAUGGGAGAUAUAUAGCUUAAGAAGUGACUCUUGGAGGAAACUUGAUAUCGAUAUGCCUCCAUGUGAUUCCAAACCUAUUGGCGCUGACGUAUACUUGAAUGGAAUGUGUCAUUGGGGGGGUGAGAAGGAUGGAUUUGAAAUGUGUUUGGUGUCGUUUGAAUUGAGCAAGGAGUUCCUUACAACACCCUUACCUGACCUCAAUGAUCCAUGUCCCGAAUGGUUUGCAACCCAAUGGUUGACAAGACACUUGGUGGUGUUAAAAGGGUCGAUUGCUUUCAUAUCAAAUUCUUCGAAUUCUACUUCUACUUUUCAUAUAUCAAUUUUGGGUGAACUGGGUGUCAAGGAAUCGUGGGUUAGACUCUUUACUAUUGGACCUUUACCUUAUGCUAAGCAAACUGUUGGUUUUUGUCGUGAGGAUACUCUUGGAAUUGGGAAGAAGGGUGAUAUACUCUUCAAGAAGGGAGAUAAUGAAUUAGCCUGGUUUGAUUUACGUACCGAGAUGAUAAAGGACAUUGGUAUUCGUGGACAAUGGCUUUCGUCUCAGAUUGUAAUUUAUAAGGAAAGUCUUCUUCCAAUCGGAGGAAGAAACAAUUAA